AUGCCUUUCAGCAUCUUGCAUCCUGCCCCAAGGGCAUUCCAAGGGCAGUUCCACGACUCGACUAGUCAUGUGAAAUGUGGUGAGAUCCCGGCUUUAGACACCUCUGCUCGUCAUAAACUGUUUGCUGAGAUUUGCCUUUGCUUUGCCGGCUUGUUUGGACUCGGUGUUGCCUCACUGGCUCUGGUGAUCGUGUUUUGGCGCGCCUUCCUUGCCGCUCUUUUCUAUGGAAACCUUCCCUGCGAUCAGCCCAUGCUGAGAUACUAUAUGAUCUGCAGCAUUCUUGUCGGGAGAAUAGCGGAGCAACUCUCCUCAAGGGCCAACCGCUGCAUGCAGGUUCGCGGCAUGUCCACGCGAUCUGUAUGGAUGUCCACUACAUUAAUUUCUUUGAUUCCUGGAUGGAUCACGAUGAUAUGGGGUUACACCCUUAUCCAGGGCACCUCCACUUGCAGAACGACGAAUCCGCAUCUAUUCGAUGACACGAAGAUGUACAUUUAUUUUCAGAUAGGAGCUUCAUUGGCGUACCUGGUGUUGGGUAUUCCACUUAUCGUCUUCGCACAUCGCUUUCUGCUGGCCAUCACAAGUCUCAACUCCGGCGAGGGCGUGCGAGGCUGUGCUGCCAUGAUUAAGGAUCUUCCGAAGAUUCCGAAAGACAGUCCGGAGCUUCGGGACCCUGAAGAUGGUAGCAUUAUGGAGUGCAGCAUUUGUUUGUCUUCCUUUGGCUCGAAGACAGUGGUGCGGACGCCGUGCAAGCACUACUACUGUGAGGAGUGCCUUACGAAGUGGUGCAAGGCGCACGUGACGUGUCCUCUCUGCAAGAGCCUUGUGGCAGAUCCUGGACCGCUGCCUGAGGAGGUGCAAGAUGCGACAUGGCGCGGCAUGUGCGAGCGGAGCGAUUGCGCCUACUUAAUGCAGCUGCAAACGCUGUCGGGGGCCUGCCCGGCGCGAGUGGGCUCGGCUUCCCAGUCCGCCAACCGUCUUUCGGCACCAGCGCUGGGCAAGGUUGGCAUCUCGCCAUCCCAAGAGCCAACAACCGACAGUUUUGAGCAGGCCAAGGGGGUCCUAGGAUCAAUCCAUUUUCAUGGAAGUGAUAUGGUUCGAGACUUACGGCUGCUGUCCGCCUUGCUGGCACAGCUGGCUGAAAUCGGGCCUGCCUUGCAAGAGCAGGAGUUGUUCGAGGCUCUUGAUGUCCUUGGCGGCCACGUGGGGGAGGUGGAUCCUGCGACAUUGGAGGACUUCAUCGAGUCGUUGAGGUUCGCCUGGCCGCUCUGUGGUAGCCGAACACUUAUCAAGGCCUUGCUCGCGCUUGGUCAGGCCAAUGCCCUCGACGUGAAGACCUGCCGCUUGCUCCUGACAGAGCUGGAGGCACGCACAGAGCUUAUCGGCAGAGCUGACCGCGAGGCGCUGCUGCUUCUUCUUGCCUUGCACAAGAAUGCCUUCGAUCGGACUGCUGUGGCCAUGGGCUUGCCGCAUCCCUUGUAUGACGAGGCUGCCAAAAGGCUCCUCAAGGAGCUUUCAAAGGAUGCUGCUGCGCAAAUCAGCGCUCUGCCUAUGGAGAGCUUGUCUCGCCCUGUUCUUGCGAUGGCUCAGCUUGGCUUUAUGAGCCGUCGCACCUUGCAAAGUCUUGACGAGCGAUUGAUGUCAGGGAGGCUUCUGUCCUUGACACCCGCUGCAUUCGUGUCCCUCGCCUAUGCCACGCGCCUGGUGCGUGGACCGAUUCCCCGGGAAGAGCUGCGGCUUCCGCUCUGCUUGGCCUUCGGAGCUUUGCUUCACCGAAUGGAGCCGAAGCAGGUGGCCAGCUGCAUUGAAAGCUUGAAAGGCUACUGCUUCAAGGAAUAUCGCCAUGUGUUCGAAGCAGCGUAUGCGCGCUUGGGGUCCGCCCUCGAUGACCAGGCAAAAGGCUUCGGCUAUGACAGGCCGUGGUCCAUACUGACUCCUGCCGAGGCUGCUGCAGCAAUCAAAUCGUUCCCAGAGCUCAAGUUCCAGGAUUCCCAGCUCCUCCUUCGCAUGCUGCGUGCGCUAAGCCCAUCUCCGCUCAGCUCAAGGCAGUUGGGACCUCCGGGCGUUGCUGAAGGAUCUGUCGAUCCACCUUUGGAAGAGCAACCAGAGACUGCGUUGGUUCGCACAGCGCCGGGCAUGCUGGCCAGGAUGUGCAUGGCAGAGCUGGUGGACAUUCUGGAGGCCUUUGGCCAACAAGGCCUGAACGGCUGCGGGGCCGUCGCCGAGGCGAUUGUGGGCAGAUACCAGGCCAAUGGUGGAAGACUCUCAAGGCGAAACACAGCCCGAGCUCUUUGGGCCUUGGCGCAGCUUGGUGAACGGGACACAGAGCUGGUUGAGCUGCUGGUCUCUGAGUUGGAGGGCUGGGAGGCGCAGGAUCCUCAUGGGGCAGAGCUUCGACCGCGACCUGCUUUAGUGGCACUGUGGUCGCUCUGUGCCCUUGAUCUCGUGCCAAGGGCAGCAGCCUCUGCCGAUUGGCUAUUGACUUUCCUGUGUCGCGAGACAGUUGCGACGUAUGUCUUGGGAAUCGGCAGUCAGGCGCUGCUGCUCUUCGAGUCUGUCAAUGCAGUCCGCUCCGUGUUGCCGGCCAUCGCAGACAGGCACCUCCAGGUUCUGCAGGCAGCCCACUCUCCUGUGGCAGAACAGGUGCUGCUUGAUGUGGGACGACCUUUGCGCAGCCCGCAGGAGCUGUUCUCACUCCCAGACAGGCCAGAUGAACAGAAGCUGCUCCAGCCGAAGCCUGAUGAACAUGAGGAGCUCCCAGAAUCUUCCAGUAUGGACAGCAUGGUUCAUGAAAGCUUCCCAGACACAUCGGACAGUGGAGGCCGAUCUGUACUCGAUGAGCUUGCAAUACGCUGGGAGCUGGGCCGCAGGAAAAAGGAGAACGAGGGCAUCUCAAAAGCCAAGCAGCUGGUCGGCUCAGUAUUGGCAGCCUUGAACUUGUCACCGCUGCUUUUGGCAGCACCGCAUCCGCUUGGCACCCUUGCAGCGGAAGCGACGCGUGGCAGUGGCGGCUUCGAGCUUCGAUGGCCUGCAGGCUGCUAUGAUGUGGACUGGGGCCAACCUUUCUUUCGCCUUGGCAUCCUAGUCCUUUCGCAGCAGGACUUUGUCGUCGAGGCCUCGUCAGGCUCCACCUUGCACUCAUGGCACACUUCGCGACUCCGUGCGGCACCCCGGCUGCGCGUGCGACGGCUGCACGAAGAGGGCUGGAAGCUUGUCGCACUUCGCGCAGCGGCAGUGGAUGCUUGCAUCCUGCCAUUCCACCAAGACCCAGAUCUUUUUAACAGCAAACUGCAGGUGCGGGUGGUCCGUGCCAAUGCUUUGUAUCCGCUGGAAGUGAGGCGUUUGAAGAAGAAGCUGCGCAGAGCUACGCGUGAGGAGGUGCAUGACGACGAGCUGAGGGAGCAGGUUGCGCAGCAGUUGCUGCAACAGUUGGACUUCAUUUUUCCAGAUGGACUGGUCUCGGGAUCAGGCAAAUUGGUGCUGCCAAAGGAUGGCGGCCUGGCCGUUGCAGCUUCAGCCAGAAAAUGUGAUCGUCGGGACAAUGGUUCUUCGGCGUUGCUACUGAUUUUUGCAUGGCCCACCAGUGCUUUGAAUCGCUGCGAUGCUGGCUCUUUGCGCCCCUGUCUGGAAUCGCUUGCUUCGCCAGUGCCUGAGAUCGCCACAGUCCAACAGUCCAUGGCAGGCGCUCGGGCGCCGUCCGCCCGGGUUGCGCGCCUAGCAACCGGCGGUCAUCUCCUCUUCCGCGUAGUUUCGAUGGCCCAGAGCCGUGUCCACCACUACUGCCAUGGGAGGACUUUCGAAAUUCGGUUAGAUCUGGAUCAGAUCGACGGCUGGACUUUGGAACACGUAUUGGCUUUUGCGGAGGAGUGCGCUGAGUGCAGCACCGAUAGGGAUGCCAGGUCUGACGGUGGCUUUCCACCAGAGACUGAUCACAUUUUCAAGAUGCUGGGACGGUCAGCUCCGGAGCUUGCCUAUGUACAUGGCCUUCGGGGACGCAGCCUCUGGAGCAAGGAUCCUCCGUCCGCUCUCCUCCGCCACGUCUUUGGGAGCCUGCAAGGGUCAGUACUGCACCUGACCGCCAUCCAUGACUUCGAUGCAAAACUGUACAGAGCCAACGGGAUGGAAGUUCUGGAGACGGAAGGUGGAGGAUGCGGCCAAGUUCCGCGUUCCAUGGCGCCUUUUGCAGCGUUGCGAGCUCACUGGCCGAAGGUGCCCUGUCUACAAUCCGUGUUGGAGCAAGUGCUCAAGGCUUCAGGGCGACCCCCAACAUUCUUGGACUUGGACUUGAGGGAAACCGACUUCACGCAGCUGCUGAACUUGCUGGUAGGCCACGGCUACGAACACUUCAAGGUGUCUCGUCGGUCGCACUUCGACUGUACGGACAAGGUAUGUGCAGGAGGGCCAUUGGGAGAUCAAGCCACGGACUGGCGCAUGGGCCUCCUGUGGCGAAAUGCUUCUUCCGUGGCGGCCGAUGCCCUGGCGAUCCGGGUCCUGGACAGAAGGUCCUCAGAGCAGUUCGCCUUGCAUGCAGCCCUGCCAGGGCCACAACGUGGCCUAGGUCUGUGUCUGACGGGCCAGUUGCGCAAUCGAUUCGGGACGGCAGAUCUGGAGCAGGUGCUGCGACGCUUUGAGAGCUUCGAUGUUUUUGUUGUCGUGCCCACGCAGGACUGUGCUCUUGCUUGUGAGCGGCUCGCUCCAUUUAGAGCAGAGGUACUCUGCGUCGACAGCCUGUUCAUGAGUCCGGAAGAGCUCCAGUGGAUUCGAGAAGGGCCCAAAGCCGACCCCGAUAUCUGCCCAGGUGAAGAAGAAGCAUCAAUGACCAAAGAAGCCAUGGACGGACCUUUGAACAUCUGCAUGGUGUCAGACUUCUUUCAUCCCGGCUUGGGGGGCGUUGAGAUGCACAUUUACCAGCUUUCCGAGUGCUUGCUUCAGCGUGGGCACAAGGUCAUUGUUGUGACCCACUUUCGUGGUGCUCGACAGGGUGUUCGCUACAUGCGGAAUGGAUUGAAGGUCUACUACCUUCCUUUCUUGCCCUUCCACGACAAUUGUACAUUUCCCACGUUCCUCUCGUUUUUCCCGCUGAUUCGAAAAGUCCUCAUCCGUGAGCAGAUUGACAUUGUCCAUGGCCACCAAGCUACGUCCAACCUGGCGCAUGAGUGCGUUCUUCAUGCGCGAACAAUGGGGUACCAUACGGUGUACACUGACCAUUCACUCUUCGGCUUUGCAGAUGCAGCUUGCAUACACGUCAACAAGCUUUUGAAGUUCUUCCUGACCAAUGUAGAGCACUGCAUCUGUGUGUCCCACACGAACCGCGAGAACUUGGUGCUGCGAGCAUCUUUAAACCCGACCAAUGUUUCCGUUAUCCCGAAUGCAGUUGACACGAGGCGCUUCACUCCAGACACGUCCUGCCGAGCGCCACAGCCAGCUGUGACAAUUGUGGUGGUGAGCCGCCUCACAUAUCGCAAGGGCGUCGACCUCUUAGUGGGCGCCGUGCCCGAAAUCUGCCGGAGGAAUCCGGAUGUGCGAUGGGUCAUCGGUGGCAGCGGCCCAAAGAGGCUGCUUCUGGAAGAGAUGAUCGAGAGGGAAAAUCUUCACGAUCGGGUUGAGCUCUUGGGAUCUGUCCCGCACGAAGACGUCCGCAAGGUUCUGGUAAGAGGGAACAUUUUCCUGAACACCUCGCUCACGGAAGCAUUCUGCAUAGCCAUUGUGGAGGCAGCUGCUUGCGGGCUCAUGGUGGUCUCGACCAACGUUGGGGGAGUCCCGGAAGUGCUCCCGCCUCACAUGACCCGCCUGGCGGUGCCUCGCGUAGAUGCUGUCGUGCAGGCCCUCGAAGAUGCCCUGAGCUCGCUGCCUCCGACAGAGGCAGCCGCGACUUUUCACGAAGAGGUGUGCGGGAUGUAUUCAUGGCUGGAUGUUGCUGAGAGGACGGAGAAGGUUUACCGCAAGGUCGUCCAGCUGCCUCAAGUUUGUCUGCGCCAGCGCUUGCUGCGUUUUUUGCGGGUUGGAUGUGUGUCUGGCAAGUUGUUUCUUCUCCUCGUUGCGCUGGACACGCUGCUUUUCUGGUGCUUGCAGUGGCUGCAGCCCGUGGAGCAGGUGGAGCCUGCGGUGGACGUGUCUCGAUUCCCAGGGUGUUCAGGUUCUCAGAGCGAAGCGAUGCGGGAAAAUCGUGCUGCUCUGCUUUUGCGCAUGCUACCAGUAGCUGGGCUCAGCCAUCUGCAAAGGUACCGUGCUUCAUACUGGAGGGUGGCACGUAUGCGAUUGGACCUGCGCAUUGAGAUUUUCCCCAAGGAUGUGACGGUAUUCGAUGAUGACAAUACCAUCUGGGCCUAUGCAAUUCCUCAUCGACAGUGGAUCGCAAUGCCUGACAGGUUCGCCAUUGGACCUCCUGGCUUGAUGCUGGACGUCUACUUCACAACCUAUCGGUGGAUGUUGGAUCGGCGAAGCUGGCGCCACUACGAUCCAUAUCUUCAUCCUGCCUGCGCGCGCCGCGGCCACUUCCAGGUAGAACGGCUGGAAGGAGAUCAGACGCGGCCUGGAGAACACACACAGAUCCGAGCCGUGGGCAAGCUCUGGCCCUGUCCGGAGCACUCUGCACGUGGUCUGGCUUAUCCAGGCUCGUGCGCGGGAGUUACAGAAUAUCAUCGCUAUUGGUAG